CCAAGUCAAGUCACUAAACUCCAAUCCCCAGAGUCCCUCUUUCCCUUUCAUCAUAUCUCACCCUCUGCUCAUUUCCAUUUCAUUGUUUUUAUAUAUAUCCCCGCAGAUUUCUAACUAUCUUCCAGUCACUCUCAUCUUGUACCCAGCCAUGGAUUGGUUCUCAUGGCUCUCGAAAACGGGCCUUGAGCCCUCUCUGGUUUAUGAAUACGGCCUAGCUUUUGCUCACAAUGAGCUUGAAGAAGAAGACAUAGCCUACUUCAACCAUGAAUUUCUGCAAAGCAUGGGGAUUUCUAUAGCUAAACACAGGCUAGAAAUUCUCAAGCUUGCCAAGAAAGAGAAAGGGACCAUCCCACAUCCCAUGUCUAGGCUGCUCAUAGCAAUCAAGAGAACAAAGAGGAGUCUUUCCAAGUAUAUUCGCAUGUGGGUUCGGCGAGAGGAGUCGGCUCUUGCACUGGUGCCAAAGCGUAGUUAUAAUUCAAGUUCAAGAUGGAAGAGUGCUAUGGUGAAGAGGAACAAGAGGCUGACGGUUGCUAAGCAAAAUAGCAGUAGACUCUUGCUUACUAAUGGUAGUCCUAUGGUGAUGAUGCCUAGUUCAAGAAUUGAGAGUUUCUCAAGCCCAAAUAUUUAUGAUCUCAGGGCUGACGACGACAAGAUGGAUGCAGAUCGCGACGAGUAUUGGUCAGCAGCGUUCGAAGAGAUCAAAUGGGACUCAAUGUUUCAGAAUUUGAAGCCAACUUGAUUGAAUUUGGUUCUCAUUUCUUUCUUUAAUUUGAUUACGCCAAUCAAUUUGAAUGGUGAGGGAUGAGUUUUUGGUUCUUCCACCAGAGCAGGGGAGGUGUAGGUACUAUUGCAAUCUUCAAUUUUAUCUUUGUAGUUUGUAGUAGUUGGUAAAAGAAAAUAAGGGAUUGUAUGACUUUUCUCAGCAGUGGUGGUGGAUGAGUCAUGCAGAGCCCACCAAAAAAAGCAUUAGAGUCAGUACCUGUAAUCAGAUUGUCCCCCCUACUUUGCAUGUUUGUAACUAUCUUUUUCACUUCACAUAAUCAGGUGUAAUUAUGGGCCUUCCCAGCAGUAUCUUUUUCUUCCUCAA